AUGUUAGCGUUGGCGGGCAGCAGGAGUCUUGUGGCCAUCGCUGCAUUGCUUCAAGUUCUUGGGGCAAGUGCAGUCACGGUCACGGAUGUGCAGUGGAAGGCAGGAGUGAUUGCUGCAGGGCGUCAAAGUUGGCUGAUUGCGAAGGUGCAAUUUGAGUUCUUGAUGAUUGCCAAGGGUGUGAAUGUGUCGAAAAGCAUGGCAAACAUGGAGGAAAGCAUCAGUCUCUUUGACUCUGGGCACAUCGUGCUCAGGGAUGGAAAUGGGCUCGACAUUGUCGAAGCACCCUCUCAGAUCAUCGUCACUGCUCUGGGCAAUGUGCAGGCUAAGUGGUCACCGUUCAAGAAUUUUCUCAAGGACAAUGUCGCAAGCACUUCGCCUGCAGUUUUAAGCACACUCGACGACAUGGGCAGCGAGUUGUACGGGUUGACACAGAUUUGCGCGUCCCGGUACGUCGAUGCAAUCAGUGGAGCGGGGGCGAAUUUUUCGGGCCUACAAGUCAAUACUGCGAACAGGCAAAGUAUGCUCGUGGAAAAGAUGGCAGCGGAAGCAUUUCUACUACACUUUGGCGUCCGUCCGGACACCAUGUUGAACCGGAUUGUGGAGACGAGGACGUUGUUUGUUGAUGCUCAUGCUGGUCUCUUGGAAGGCCUUAACUUUGUCGGCUUGGAAGCCACCGUCAACAAAUGCAUCUCGAAAAAGAUGCGCCUUGUCACCUUUUUCUGGGACGAGUUCAAGGAGGCCAUUGACACUGUCAUCUUCGAAGAGUUGGCGAGCGACAAGAGUCUGAAUGACAUCGUUGCCAAAAUUGCAGGCCUAAGAACGGAAGCAGCAGCUGCGACUCUGGCCUAUGCCGAUCCACCGCCCAGUUGCCCCACCACUAUGACACGUCGUCAGUGGCAGAUGGCGUUUGAUGUCUCCACCCGACAGCUCAUGCAUGCACAGAAAGCAUGCAGGCUUUUCCUUCAGGCUGCCAAGGGAGUGAACACCCUCGACAGCCGCAUCCUCUUCUCGAACUCAGACGUGAGCGCGACGGCAGACCUCAAAAUGAUGAGAGAGGGCUCCGUGGCAGCAGACAUGGCUGCAGCUCCCACACAGCUGGUGUCCGAGCAGUAUGGCGUAAUGUGGCUCAGGUGGCUGAGUCUCGGAAACUUCAUGGCACAAAACAUUAACUUUGUGAGUGAUGAGGACCACAGGCUCUUGCAAAUCGUCGAGGAUCAGGGCAAGCAGUUUGUCAACUACGGCUUUGAAGCGUUGGAGAACAUUUUCAUUGAGUGCAAACUGAAGGCCCCUGAGGUGAAUUGCGAAGAGCUAAAAGUCACAGGGGUUCAGCGCAUUCUCAUCCAGAAAGCAGCAUUUGAGGCAGUUCUGAUUGGCCUUGCACGGAAUGUCACGGAAAACAAGAAGGAGAUGAUCCAGACAAUUGCAAGGUUCGAAGGGUCUCAAAGUGGCUUGAUUCAUCAACAGCCGGGCCUACCCAGGACACUUGACAUCUGCAUCUUGCAGGAGAUGAAACACGUUGACGACUUGUGGACGCCGUUCAAGAGCCUCUUACUGCAGGUUCAUGAUGGUGACCACAGCGUCGCCACCUUGUUGACGAUUUGGGGAAUGACGUGGGAUGCAGGAGUCGACCCCAUGUCUGCUCAGCUUACCGUGGCCAUGCGGGCAUAUGCGGACGGUCGAGGUGUGUGCACCCCGCCUCUGACGGCCUCCCGCCAGGAGUUGGAGUCUGCAAUCAAGGAAUUGGGGUUUCUCCGUGCGGGGACACAGAAAUGGGCCAAGCACAUCUUCUUGUCUGACAUCGGCAUCGACAGUGCAGAGAACAUGAACAUGUCGCAUGCAACGUUGAAGGAUCUUUCGACACAGCUUGAACGGGUCAUAUCAGGGGACACUUCCGCAACUCUCCCUGUGCCGAUAGUGCAAGUUGUUGUGGAUCGCCUCGUCGACCUUGCCGAAGAUUUGGCUGAUGUUCAAAGCUUGACGGUGGAUCAAUAUGCUGAUGCCAGCCUCAAUUUGCUACAGAAGUCAGAGCUAGCAAUAAAUGCUUACAUAGACGCAGCUUUUCACAUGGACCGAAAUGUUCCAGGCGCCCGAUCUAGCUUAGCAAGCAGCCUGCUGAUGCUCCUCGAGAAGAUGUGUAAAGAGGCAGUCUUGGUCGGCCUUGGCAAAGGGUCCGCGGCAGAGCUCGCUUCAAGCAUCAAUCGCUAUGAGACUUCUCAGCAGACCCUCAAGGCUGGGAAUUCCGCGGAAGAAUAUGCAGCUGCUGUUGCCCAGAUGGAAAUCGUACAGGCGAUUGCAUUAAGUGGAGCAGCCAGCGACAUCGCGUUGAGCGAGAUCACAUCCAAGGCAGACGCCGUGAAAGCAGCGUUGCUUCCCGCCAUUGACUUCUACUCGGUGAUGACUGUGAAGAAGAUUAAGGCCCCAAUUGACAUCCUUGUGCCUCUACCGAUGACCGGCAGAUGGUCUCCAGGCCCAACCAUGAAAACAGCGGCGAUGAUCGGACGGGACAUCAUAAAUCAGCAACAAUUGGUUUUGCCCGGCUUCGAGAUAAAGCUCAAGUUCUUGGAUGACCAGUGUGACUAUGAGCACGCGAUGCGUGCGGUGUUGGAAGAGUUUGCCAGCACAGACUCUUGGGUCGGGUUGGCUGGCAUGGGUUGCUCGAGUGUCUGCGAAUCGUUGGCAGUAGUCUCGUCUUCCAUGUGGAUCCCAACCGUGGGCAUGGAUUGCUCUGGCAAGUCCCUCUCUGAUACCAGCCUCUUCCCGGACUUCGUUCGCCUUGGGGUCAAGACGACCUCGGCCAAGAAUGUCAUCAUUGAGUGGGCAGAGAUGUUCGCUUGGGAGCACAUUGCAAUUGUCUCCGGGGACCCCGCAAUCUAUCGAAACGAGGCCACAGAGUACCAGGAAGCCUUCGGCGACGCCGGCGUUGGCAACUCUUACGCUUCGUUGAUUGAGACAGAUUGGCAAGGUAUGUUGUCGACUAUGGCCGCAUUGAAGGAUGGCAAGCGCCGCGUCGUUAUGGUGUUCGGCAAUGAGACCCUCUUCCGGAUGGUGGUGUGUGCAUCAGCAGAGGUCGGAUCGAGGGAGGGAAUGGUCUGGAUCUCUGUGGGGAUACGAUCGCGGUCUUGGUGGACUGUGAACGACGAGGCAGUCUUGCAACAUUCAGCAUCUUGCACCGGUAGCAAGGUAAGUUCCCUCUUGCAGGGCGCACUCUUCAUCACAGGUCUUGGCAAGUCGGCAAGUCAGGCCGAGCAACCUUUGGACUGUUAUGAUGGGUAUACUUCUGACAGUUUGCUUGACCUGAUUAACAAGUCAAUUGCGCAGGGCUACGAGGAUGUCACGGGAAAUUCUACGAAUUCUACAGAUGCUACAGGUGCCAUUGAAAAUCCCCACGUCGAGCUCAUGGGAGCCGGUGCGGACGCGAUCUGUGUACAAGCCAAGGCAAUACAGCACAUGCUCCUCGAACAUGACAUCUCAAAGUUACGCUCCCCGCAACAUGCCGUGUACAAGAAGGCCGUGAGCUUCAUCAGGGAGGAGCUUGAGAUCGAGGGUGUCUCGGGGCCGGUGAAGUUCUCGGGCAAUGACAAACCCGGUCGGCUUGGUUUGUGGCAACUCAGUGGUUCGGAGAGAAUUCCAGUUGGCACCGUCUACGAAAACGGCACCAUCGAGACAGGUUGGAGUGAAGGCCUGCGGAACGAAACCUGGCUUCCAGCAUUUCCGGAGCCGGAACCGUUCCCAAUCGUGUACGUUGUAGUAUCUCUCGCAGCGGUAUGGAUGAUUUGUUGUCCCCUUCUUUUCGGAUGCCUUGCGGGUCACUAUGGAAGCCUGUCCGCUCUGUUUGCGUGGAUGCCAAAGGGCUCGCGAAGAAAAGAAGCAAAAGAAGCUCUGGGCGUGUGA